GUAGAGUUGACGUUACAUUGGGGGUUUCACUUUUCAGCGGCGAAAUGAGAAAACGAGAGAAGCAGAAGCAGAGGCAUGAGAGGGGUCACCGUGGAAGAGGCUCUUUCAACUAUCUUCAAGACGACCAAGAUAUUGAUGACACUGCUCCCUUCUCUUCUCCACCCUCUGAUGAAGUAGAACAAGAAGAAGAAGGUGUUGAUGACAGCAAUGAGGAACAAGAAGAAGCAGAAAAAAAUCACGAAAACCAAUCACAUGAUAUGCCUUCCAAGUUCCUCCUUUACCAAAAAUCUGUGCAGUCUCCCAAAGGAGACAUUAGUUAUUUGCAAAAGUUCUUUCUCGUGUACGUGGGUGGAAGGAUGCCACUCCAUCUUCAAGAAGAUUUCUGUGGCACUGCGUUUCUUAGUGCAGAGUGGCUGCGCAGUGAUCCAAGAAGGACAGCAGUAGGGUUAGAUUUGGAUCUUGAGGCACUCAAUUGGUGCAUGGAAAACAACAUACCUAAACUUGGGGCUGAUGGAUUUUCAAGAAUAUCCCUCUUUCAUGGGAAUGUCCUACAACCUCUUCAGUCCAAGCUUGUGAAAAUGGAUCCUCAGGAGCUGGUAAGCAGCAUUUCGCUGUCACAGAAUGCAGAAAAUCUGCAGACUGGUGUGUCAGAAUCUGAUGCUCCAACAGGCUCUGUUGCUAAAGAUGAUAAGGUUACUAUGAGAAACAUAACACUGCCUGGAAGAGAUAUUGUGUGUGCUUUUAACUACAGCUGCUGUUGUCUACAUAAGCGAGCAGAUCUGGUUUUGUAUUUCAAGCAUGCUCGUGAUGCCUUGUCAACUAAAGGUGGAAUUUUUGUGAUGGAUUUAUACGGGGGUACAUCUUCAGAGAACAAGUUAAGGCUUCAGAGAAGAUUUCCUAAUUUCACGUAUGUAUGGGAGCAAGCUGAAUUUGAUAUUAUUCAACGGAAGACAAGGAUUAGCCUCCAUUUUCAUAUGAAGAAGGAACAAAGAAAACUUCGCCAUGCAUUUUCAUACAGCUGGCGAUUGUGGACCUUGCCUGAGAUUAGGGAUUGCCUAGAAGAGGCUGGGUUUCGGACUGUUCACUUUUGGAUUCGAGAGAUGCCAGACACCACAGAAAUUAUGAGAACAGAGGGAUUUGGUGCCGGAAAGAAUAUAAAAUAUGAAGAAGCAACAAGUUUUCAGCAACAGGAUUCUUGGAAUGCUUACAUUGUCGGUGUUGCUUAGCUUCAUCUUAGAAAGUGUAGUAUCUGUUACUUUAAUUUUGUCAUAUCUAGACAAGCAUCACUUGUAAUCAGUUCCAUUGCUUGGAACUUUCUUUCCUUUCUUUUAUAUUCAGAAUUGAAUUGUAUUUGGCUUGAGAUUAUGAAGUGUAACAAACAUUUUUUUAAAGGCACAUUCAUCUUACAUUUGGUAUGAAAUUUCAUCAAUUAAGGACCUUCA